GGAGGUUUUUGCGGAGCUUUAAAGAGUUGAUACUAAAGAUUUUCUUCCUUUUCCUUUUCUUCCUUUCCAUGUAACCCACCUAUGUCUCACUCUCAAUUCACUAUUUUCUCUGUUCACGACGAGCUUGUUCGGUACUUGUUCGACAGUUAUCUGUUCAACUCUAUAGUGUCAACGUCAUGGCUGUCUUCCCGUGGGCUGCUGACAUCCCGUUCUUUGGAACUUGUUGUCCAUUGCCGAGGAGAGCAUGGUACUGUCAUGUUAACCAUGCGAUUCCAGCCGUCCAGGAUCCCUGACAACGACAUCAUUUUCGGUCGUGACUUCUCGGUGUUGUAUCGCGAACUGUACCCGAUUUAUGGCUCCAUUGAUGGUGUGUUGCAUGACUCCACCGAUGAUGCCAUUCCUGUUCGUUGUUUUGACAAUGUUAUCCCAAGGGAUAUCAAUUCGGCGAUUAAUCCAUCUUCCUCGACCGUCCUGUCUGUGACAGGUGCUUCCGCUGAUAUGCCUGGUAUCAGGCUACCCGUAGAUUUUGCGAUUUUACAUCAGUUUAUGCAAUCUACAAGCGGUACAGAGGGCUACAGUGGAGGCUUCGCGCUGAAACGACAUCUCGAAGAGUCAAUUCUACCAGCCGUCAACACGCCAAGCUAA